AAUAGAUCGGUGUUAAUUACGUAGUCAACUAUGAGACACUGGUUGAAUUUCUAUUUGUAACCUUUAACAUUUUAUGAGUGGGAUUCUGUCAAGAAGCGAAUUAUUUGAUGAAAGCGCUUUCAGACGUAUGAUUCCUGGAACGAACCCCUCCUUAACGUAUACUGCGCCUGUUAGAUUAUAUAUGUAUUUAUAUAUUGUGCAAAUGAAUCAGAAAAUAAUAUUACUAGGAUUCAUUAAGUAAGCGUAACUUGAUGUUGAGUGGACAAAAACGUACUUUCAUUGAGGAAGGUCGGGAACUGGUUUUAUUAGCGUGGAUUUCCAAACCGAAUUAGACGAAGAGUUUGAUCUUAAACACCGCUUCAUAAACUAAUCAGGUGUAACUAAACUAUAAGGCCAAGUCAAUAAUAACUUUAUGAUUUAGAAGCCAAUUUUCAGUUAAUGAUCACAGAGUCCAUAUAAAUCGAAAGUAUCUCACCUCAGAAGUAAUGACAUACGUAAAACUCCUUGUUCUGUAAUUUUUAUUAGUUUUUCUUGGCUUAUUAUCGGUUUUCCAUCUGAAUAUCAUUUAUCUGAGUGAUAAUAGAUUCACACGAAAGGUUUUUUACUGAAUUUUCCUCAUAACCAUAACUGUUUUUAUCGGAAAUUUAUAAUGUACAAAAGUUUUAUGAGUAAAUUCGUCGAAGUAUAGCGAGAUGAAAUUAUGUGACAACUAUAUGAGAAAUUCAACAGUAUAAAUCUUCACUCAUUUUAGCAUUCUUACUUCAUUGGCUCGCCUAUUGUUUAAUGAAUUGAUGAGGCUAUUUGUUUAACCCUAAUGUAAACAAAAUAAACUAACAUGAAAUCGCAUCGAUUUACGUGUUACGUAGAACUUAGAAAGAAGUGAACAUUUAAUACGUUCAUCACUCAUUUUCAUAACAUGAUCGUAUAGUGUUCUUAAUUGACUUUUCAUGUGAUUUGAUAUAAGGAGACGACGCAUCUUAGCGUUCGAAAAAUGUUUUCUUUCAUGGUUUUAAAUAAUUUGAUAUUUAUCACCAAGUACAGGUCUAUACUAUGUACUCGGCUUUGACUUAUUAUAUUUCUGUGGGGGCUAAUGAUACCGCUCGAUUUUCUCAACUGAAAUUGAUGGAAUGAGGUUUGAUUGAACCUAUGAACAAUUAGUUAAAAAUCAAGUUCUUUAGGUAUCAGGCUACCGUUAUAAUCUCUAUUGUAUGUGCUUAUAAUUGAUUAUCUUUCAUAUAGAACACUUUUGCUUUAUCAGUCAUAUUUGUUUCUAUCAGAAUACUUUUCAGAAUCGAUACCUUUCGUUCAUUUCUUUUGACUCUAUUCCAAUCAAUAUCAAGAAAUUUAUAGAAUAUGUUCAUUUUAUAAUCGGAUGAUACCUUAUUUUUCAUUUCUCUUCUAUCAUUUGUCUUCUUGUUUGUUAUCAUCUCACGAAUUCUCAGAUGUCUAUAUAUAUAUGCAUUUGUAUCGGCAUGUGUUCUUCUGUUCAAUUAAUUAUAAAAAUAAUUGAGGUCAUUCACAUAUUCAAGCGGUUUUAUGGUGGUUUUUAACAAUUUUUUCUUGUAUUAACAUUAGUUGACGAACCACUGAGAAUAAGGUUGAUAUUGAGUUACGUUCCCUUUAAAAAAUCAGUAAUAGUGGCCCAGAUACACUUAGUCAUUAUCCUACCCUUUCAUAUUGAUUAGCCAAUGUAACUAAUUUACCAUAUGUAGAUUAAUGUUUUCGUCUUCGAGCUACAUCAUAAGAGAUUAUCACUACCUGGUCUCGUGGAUCGAAUUAAGGGGGGAGGGUUCGAAGGUCUCUGGAUUCAUUAUGUGUUUGUUUUACUUGAUACAUUAGUUCAUCAUCACUUAAAAAAGUUAAGCUUAUAGUAAUUAAAGUAAGUGACAGUAUUGUGUACCUUGCGUAUUGAUUGACUUUUAAAGUUGAACUAUUCAAAGGUAUUCAUAUGAAUUAUAAAAUUGGCUUACACUAUCUAUCUGUCAAAGCAUUGCCGAUAAUUCCAAAAAAUUAAAAAAAAGGUUCACUUAACACGAGCCUCAAGCUUCCAAUAAUCAUUACUGAUUGAUAAGUUGUGAAACCUGUUCAUUUUUUCUAUAAUUCUAUCGCUGCAAAAUAUUAAAGUUUAAAUUAUCAGUAUAAUCACACUACUGUUAUUACUAUUCAGUUUUAAAUAAACAAGAAUUGUUUCAAGCAUGCUUGUAUGUGUAUAGUGAUGACUAAAGUAAAUUUAAAUAUGAAUUCACUGCUUAGAUUACCGAUACAAUUAAUUUUUACUGGAAGGAAAAUAUUUAUUACGUAACUAUGUUAUCUGGCAUACAUUUACUUACGACUCACUGACGUCAUACGGACAGGAAAAUCUGUUUCGUCCUGGUUUCGUAUUCUUUAAUACACUACAAAUGUCAUUAUUCGCCGUGGUAAACGAAGAUCAUGGCCUCCAUCUUAUGUUGGGUUGUAGGUGUGGAUAGCUAAGGAGUGACAAACUAGGGGGAAAAGGUUGUCAUGUUCUCCUUAGUUUUCAACAAUUUUCCUACUGUGAUCUAUUUACUCACGAGUAUCAAAUCAGUUGAUUAUUUUCUCAUAUUUCCAUAAAUAUUAGUGUAAUUUAUUUAUCAAACACAAGUCAGUAUACUCGAUUAUGAGACGCACUGUAUGAGAGCUAAUGAUAUAAUAUUCAGUUAUCCAGACUGAAGUAGAUAAAGUGAACUCAUGCAGUUUAGUGGUAGAAAAAACAACGAAUUGCAAUAAACGAAAUAUGUGUAAAUUUACGGGGAGUGAGAGAGCAAAUCUAUAUUUCUUCCUUUUCUGUUAUGUAAAAAAAUUUCUCAGUGUAUAUUUAAUCGAUGUAAAUGUGAUUUUUACUGAAACUCUUGACUACAUAUUAUAAGUUAUUUACUAAAUUCAUAUGAAGAAAGAAGGGUGGAUUGGCAUCUAUUUUAUUUCUAAAAGUUGACUAUAUGAACAAUGAGUUUAGUGAACAUUUAUCAAGUUUCAGAAGGUAAUAUCUUUUCCACUUAUCGUUUUUCUCCAAAAUACAUAAGAUAAAAUUGAAAAUUAAACUAUGAAAUGAUAAACUGAAUUGCCUACUCUCCUUUAUGAAACAAUUUGAUUUUAGUUCCCAUUUACUUAUUGUCCAUGUGAUGAUCGAUUGCAUAAAAUGAGAACAUAGUAAUAAUAACAUAGGUUUCACUGACAUCAAACCAAUACAUUAGAUUUUAUCCCAUUCACAGUAAACUAAUUAGCUAAUACACUACAAUUAUGUAUGUCUGUGUUCAUUCGAUCGGGAUUAUUCGGAGUAAGGUUAACUAAUAAGAUGGAAAUAUCAUCUUUCCAGCCAAUCAAAAUCCACUUGAUUCUUUUCACGUCUGCAUUAUUUUGUAUCUCUUAUGCUACUGAAACAGUUUAAGUUGUUCACUGGUUUAAUACACGAUUAGCCAUGUUUACUGUUUAAGUGUAAAUGAUGAAAAUAUACUGAAAUUUAAAUAAUUUCAACAAUCCAUCAAGCUAUUCCCAGUUCAAGACUCAAUCAUAUACUAAAUGAUUUUGACAUUCUACUUUGAUAUUGAUCUGAUCAUAGGUGAUAUGUUUGAAGAUUGAUUAUCCGAUUGUUUUUUAUUGUCUUCAUAUUACUACCAUUCUACUCAUGUUUUUUUCUUCGGAUCUCAUCGUGGCGAAGGUUGUUAUGGUAAUUGUAGUUAGUCAUUUACAUAUUCUUCCUACAUGUUAUAAUUGGCUUCCUUUUUUAAAAGUUUAAGAUAGUGAAUAAUUGAGUGAAAUUUUCGCUUAUAGGCUUCUACAAUACUAUAUAUGUUUUCAUUUGGCAUAUUAAAUAUGUGUACUUUUUUCAUCACUUGAUUUAUUAUUAUCAGUAUAAGAUCGUCUGAGUUUUAACUGAGAUCAUGAACUGGUCAAUGUUAAACCAUUAUGGAAAACCUGGUAGCGCUGGACGGCCGUUUAAUUCAAGUAUGAGACUCCUAAUCAAUGCUCAUCCAUGAUCCUGUACGCUUCCAGGUUUCAAAUGGUAGUCUAACAUUGAUUGGUUCAUGAUUUAUCACUAAUAAUCGUCAUUUUCAUGUAAUACCAACUUAUUCAUUAUUUUUCUGUGAGCUCAGUGAAAUAUUGAUGUUGAAGAUUAGUCUUAUUUACAUGUUUUCAUCAAGCUCAUAAGGGAUCAUCAACUUUAAGGCGCAUUCUACCAUCGUAAAAGUAACAAGAUGGGGACUUAAGAUGUUUACUAAAAUAAACUGAAGUUGUUAUUGUUGGGACGGCUAUCAUGCAAUGUUAACUUGAAUAAUUUUUGUACUUAAGUCUUGUAAAUACGUGAAGCUAACUAGCACUCACUUUAUCUUACUAUUCCUUACUGAAUUCUUAUCACUAUACAUUAUAAAAUCUUUCACCAAACAUUUAGUUUGGUUUGUUAUUACAUUACUGUUUCUCUAACCUCAUGUUAUCCAUAUUUAUUCUAAUUGUUAAUUUCACAAAUUCAAUUGACCCAUAAACUUGUUUUAGUUAGUAUUGAAUGAUGGACAUUUCAACACUAGGGAUUUUAUUUUAUUUUACCAACAAUCCUAUAUUCGUUCGCUGUAAUUCUCACAAAUAUGUGGUUGCCUUAAAAUUGGCUAUCCUUUUGGAACAUAAGUUUAAAUUUAUAGAUGCAGAACCUAAUGAACAUUUAUAUUUCUCUGUUUUCAUAAAAUGAGGAUUUUCGGACAAACCAUAAAAAGUAACUGUUUAAUUUUUCGAAGUUAUUUUCUCUUCACUUAUUUUUCGAAUGAUACCAAUUAGUCGUAUACUGAAAGCCAUUGUCAAAUUACUUUAAUAUUUUCAAACAAAAUUAAUACAAAUUAUUCAUUAGUUUAUAUUUGUUUGUCUGUUUCUUGCCUCUGUUUUCUAUUUUUAUUUAGACAACUCAGGUGGCGCAUAGUUUAGUCAAACAAUUAGUUGCUCAUCUCAGCUUACAUGAAUCCGACUUCACAUUGUCUGAACGUACAAGUUUAGUUCAGGUUAUCGGACUAGUUGUAAUUAGUUUAGCAAAGGGAGCGAUCGGACCAGAUGUAUUUCAUAAUUUCAAAUCAUUACUUCAAAUCUUAAAAGCCAGUAUUGAUAAAACUUCACAAAUAUCUGAUCCUGAAAAACCUUCAUUUAAUGAUUCCAAUCGAAAAUUAUCUGGUGAACGUCAGUUUCAAGAGGCAAUUAUCAAUACCAUAGCCGAAUUUGCCAAAAAUCUUCCAGACACGCAAAAAAUAGAAAUAUUGAAAUUUAUAUUGAAUUUUGAGCCAAUGGUUAAUUAUCAUCCAGAGUAUGGUGAUCGUCCGAAACCGUUAAUUAUGGUCCUAUUACAAACUAUGCUAACUGUCGCCACACAAUAUAAAACAGUUGCUAUAUCGAACGCAUUGAAUUCGGACUUUCUAAAUCUUUUAUUACGUGGUGUCGCUAUUGAUCCAGAUCCCGUCAUACGAAUAAUUGUACAAAAAAUACUACAUACUUUAAUUGAUCGACAUGGGAAUACAGAACAGUUGUUGACUGUUCGUAUUUACGGUGAGAAUGGAUUAAGCAAUUAUUUCAUUUUGGAGAAGCCAGAAAGACAAGAUAUUUUAUUCAUGAAAAAGACUGGUGUGUUAUUCAUUGAAAAUAUCUAUCAUCAGUUAUUAGAUCCUAGUAACAAAGUAGACAAUUUAGAAUAUCUGUCAUGCACUGUUGGGUUGGUUGCAUUAGAAAUGGGUGCAGAACAGGUUAUUACAGAAUUGUUUCGUUUAAUCUUGGCAGUUCAAACAAAAAUCAUUGAUGAAAAUACUUAUAUGCCGUUAACACAUCGCUGUGCUUUACAUGCAUUAUUAGCUAGUACAAUAACACUACUUGUUCAGUUGAUUAAUCUUCAAUCACUUAGUGAACAUAUUUAUACUGUUAUUCAACGUCGAAGAGACAUAGCACCGUGGUUACUGCCUUCUGUUGCAUUUAAUCGAACAAAUACUGUGGAUAGUUAUCCAACUGAAUUUGAAAUAAAUGAUGAUCUAUUGUUUUCAUCAGAUAAAAUAACUGAAUCACUAGUAAAUGCUGGUUAUGAUACUACAGUUUUGUCAAUUCCUUAUAACCCGAUUUAUUUACGAUUAUAUGAUGGCAAAUCUCCUGAUCCACUUAUCGAUGGUACCAAUUAUCCACGUGUAAGCGGUAAUGAACAUUUUACUAAUCAAUCAGUGUGUUAUGGUACUGUUGAUGAUAAAAAUUCCAGUAUUGUGAACUCGGCUCCUGGUGCACGUAUGAAUUCAACAUGUUUAGAUGGAACAAUGCUAUGUCGUGAAAGCAGUCUUGUAGAAAGCGGUACAUGCUUUGCUCAAUCUGGAAGUAGUUUUUCGCUAACUGAUAGCCUUUAUUCAGUAGCAGAUUCAACUAAUGUUUAACACAAACUGAAGAUAAAUUUUAUCACGAUCGGCGAAUGUUUGCCAACAGAGAGACAUGUUUUUACUUUAUUUCCAGUACGUAAUGAGACCUCAGUAAUACACAAUGAUAAUUCCAUACAGUCUAACGCUGAACACCUUCAAAUCUCAACAAAAAGUAAUCUAUUCUGUUAAUCAGUCAUGCCUUUUCCAAAUAUAAAAUUUCUAGCGUUUUAUUUCAUAUAUUGUGGCGUGCAAAGUCAACGAAGUUGAAUAUGAAAGAAAGUAAUAAGCAGUUGACACUGAAUAAAUCAAAUUAAUCCCUAUUAAUUUUAAAUUGUUCAAAUUCCCCCUCUUCAAUAACAUACUAAGUUUUUCAUUGUGAAACCUGCGUCAGCCCUCAUGGAUACGAUCCUUCACAGAAGAUUAUCGAUGUGUACUAUUGAUAAGUUCAAACCUAUUGUAACUUGGGUCAACUGAAAUUUUUACUGAGCUCCACGUUGAUUAUUGCUGAUUGACCUGUCACUUUGUUUGAUUAUCCAAUUUGUUUUGUCUUGAAAAGUAUCUGUCUCCAAAUCUUUUGAGUUCAUAUAUAGACACACAAAGUGACUGAGGAAAAAUGUCAACAAGUAAACAAUUCAUCAAGGUCGAAUGAUUUUUCGAAAAGAAUGUACUGCACUAUAAAACAAGUUUUGAAGAAAAGAAAUUCUUAUUUAAUACAUAAAAGAAAAUUAUAUUUGUGAAAUUUUCAGCAGUUGAAAUUAAGAAUAAUUUCAAUGUUCCCCGUGACAGUUUGGUCUUCUUCAGCAAAUAACUAAAGAACGAAAUUGCCAAACAUAAAUAGGGUUCACAGAACAACUAUACCAAAACAUUGUCCAAUCCUGUUAAAAUGGUGGAUUUGGAUUCUGUUAGGUGUGAAUAUAAAUCUUUGUAUGUCCACAAAUAUCCCUCGAAAUAGUUUCCAGUGUCCCGGGAAAAGACUGAAAAUGUUUUGUCCACCUACUAUUGACUAGAGACUUCUAAACAUCUAGAAAAAUAAAGAUUGGAUAAUUACCUAGAUUUUUACUAUAUCCAGUUGUGGAUGACUAAGGUCACAUGAAAGUAUGUAAUUACAUUGCAUUUUCUAUACAGAAUUAUGCUUGUAGUAAAGCUGCUACUGACAUUUAGUACAUUUUCUCUUAUGUUCGAGUUGCAGCGUAGAAAUUACCGGGGGUUAUAGAGAGCGUCUUGCUAGUCAGUAACAAAUGUUCAACAAGCAGAUCUGUCACUGUGAUCACAUAAAUAUAAUUCUGUUGUUCUCCCUUUGGUACUGUAUUUUUUACCUUUACUAGCAUUGAACUAUAUGUAUUGUUCGUUCGUAAAAAUUACUCUUAUCGGAGGUUUGAAUGCUAACUUUGUGCUAGUUAACAUUCAUGAAUAGAGAGUAUCUAUAAUCUAAAUGCGAACUGAUGCUCUUCAAAGGAAUCAAACCUACAUCAGCUAUUGUUACGUUAGUGUCAUUGAUCUAUUUUAAUCGUGAGUAAAAUGUAAGCUGUAGAUGUUGAAUUUACCAUAUUUAACCUGUGUAUAACUACCUAUAUGAUUUGAAGCCUAUCUGAAUAAGUGAUAUGUUUAACUUACUAGACAUUUGUUGGCUGUUCGCUCAUUUAAUGUGCACAAAUAGUUGGACAACACAUACUGUUCAAUUAUAUCAUUAAUUAAUGUCAUUCAAUAUCUGUAUUUUGUUAACCAUCAUUUUCAUUGCUGAUUUCCAUUUCUUCACUUCCUUCCCUCUUCCCAAAUAUGAGAUGGUCGAUGAAUACUUAUCAUUCAAGAAUAUGCGCAAAAUAAUUAGUAAGUUUAUUAUUUAAGAAAUUUUGAUUUUAGUAGUCAGAAUUUUCGUUCUACUACUUUCAUAACAUGAGAUUUCAUCAUAGUUUAUGCUGUUACAAGAAGAAUUCUGGCUUAUCGAUUCUAGAAACCACUCUAUAACUAACGGUGUGUAACACUUGACUUGUUGACAAUUAGAUAUUGAACGUAGAAUACAAUGAAUAACCUGAAUCGUUAUUGUAGUGCUUUGCUUUCAAAGCAGUGGCUAAGUGGAUAAGGUGUUCACCUUUCAGCCAUUAAGUCUCAAAUUCGAAUCCCGUCCCACCUACUUCAGUCUGGGCUAUGUGUAGUUUCAAUAGCCAUUACACGAAUCUAUACCUGAUAAGUGAGAGAGAUUUGUAUGGUUUUCAAAUGCCUUUUUCGCAAAAAAACUAAUAUCAGUUAGUUGAUUAGUCAUAACUAGGGAGUACUCUGCAUCCCAGUUCCGAGUCUAUAUACAUUCGAACUCCAUAUGACUAUCAUCAGGUCUUGUUAUAAGCAUAAUAUUUCAGAUCACUGAGUUGGAAUGCAAUAUCUUUUUUUUUCAAUUUCAGUCAACCUUUAUUAUGUGCUACAAUCCUCAUUAAUCUUCUCUUCGGUCAUUUACUGCUCCAUUCCUAACUUGGUUUACUUUGGCUCAUUUGUACUUUCUAAGUAGCAUGAAGGUGAAUUCAAAGCACCAUGAAUUAUUAUUAGAAUAUGUAUAGAUUAUUUUGUUCUUACUAUCUCGUUGUUAUUGCUCAAACACAUCUAAUUUCGAAUUAAUUUAUGUACACUUCCUACCUUUUAUAAAUUCAAUCAUAAAAUGAUAAGUAGUUAGAUAUCUUUUAUACUGUUCUCAAUUUAUACUAUCCUGUGCGAUCAAGAUAUUCGCCCCACUCCAUAAUCAUUUUGCAUUUAAAAAGCAAAAUGAAAUAAUAGGGGAUUAGACUCAAUAAAAAUAAGAAAUAACGAAAGUACUCUAAAAUUUGUUAAGUUUUUUUAUAGUCUCAGUUUGUGUAUUUGUUGGAUCGAACAAUUGGGUCGUGUGAUCCGUUUAGCGCACAUCAAUUAUCCAGUUUCAGUUAAAUUAUGUGUUUUGAGCGAGAAUGAUUAACUUUAUCUCAUCUCAUUUACUACUUCUAGUAUAUAUAUAUAUAUAUAUAUAUAUUUACUGGAUAAAUCAUUAAACGUAUUCGAUUGUUUUGUAGCAGUUUUUAUUUCGUGUUUAAGUUAUUGUUUAACUUCUGGUAUUUCUUAACCACACACAUUAUUCAUUGGUACUCUCUCCGCCUGAUGCCAAUUUUUAAUGAAAAUUAACUUAAAUUCUCUGUAUAAACAUAAAAUUUGGUUUAUAAACAAAAAAGAAAUGAUUAUGAAAGUGCAUAAAGAAGAAAGUGGCGAAAAGUUGGUGUUUAAAUAUAUUUUGUAGAACUACAUUUCUUUUUCGUAUGUUAAUUUUGAAUUUAAACUUACACAGUCUGACUAUUGAUGGUAAUUUCUAGGCGAGCAAUGUUUAUUAUACUGUUUUACUCAUAGGAAGAGAUACAUUCAUAUGUAUGUAUAUUCAUUUUUACAUAAUUAGAUUUUACCAUGCAUACAUAUUUGUAUACUAAUGAAAUAAUGACUGAUUGAAUGAGUUAAGUAUUUUUCAACCAAUUAGUAAUUAGAUCAUAUCCAUUUGUACACAUAAGAAAGAAAUAGAGUGAUCUCUAUAAACAUACUUAGUUAUAUCCAUACAUUUACAUUUGUUAUGUGUACAUUUAUUGUAAGUCAACUAGUUACAUUGUGUUUAUAUAUAUAUAUAUAUAUAUAUAUAUAUAUAUAUAUAUAUAUAUAUAUAUAAGGUGCCUGUCUGUGUAUUGUAUACAAGCUAGUUAAAUUAAUUAUGUAUUUAGAAUUAUUGGAAUGUAAAUGUUUAUAAACAGGUAGAAUUCGUAAUAUAUGUUGAGUGUAACUGUGGAAAUGAAGGACACAUUAACCAGCUUUACAAUUACACUUGACAAUAUGAAUUUUUGGUAGAUUUGGAUUUCAGGGUGAAACUAUAAUUUAUGGACACCCCUUUGUGACUCCCAAAGUGACCUUAAGAAAACUUACCUACUUGCUAGGAUCGAAGUUAGAAGUUAGUAUUAAGAAGCAAAGUUUUGGUUUUCACCACGAGUUAACAUUAGUUAUAAUGUCAAAUUGCUAUUUAGCCACAUGGAUUAAUGAACUUCGUGCUGAGAUCCAAGAUUAGCUAUCUUUAGUUUCAUUGGUUCGUCCAUAAAUUGUAGUCUCUCCAAUUUCGGUUGUCCAUUCAAUCCAGGACACCCAUUUCGUCCUAUUCCGUACUCUUUAUGCAACUGUACACACAUCACGAUAUUAAUAUUCGUACUAGAAUUCCAGCCUAAUUUAUUUAAGCUUCAAACGUCUUACAAUGUUCAUGUGUUAACGGAGACUGACCAUUUGCGAUCUUGGAUCGCAACACCGUAAAACAAAGUUCAAGCCUGUAAACUGUCUGAAGAGUUUUCUAACUUUUUAUAUUACAUGUGUACAGAAGAAGUUACUUAUAACAGGUUAUAAAUGGUAAUAUUAAGUUCAUAUAUAAUACUAUUAUUAUUAGAUGGCAUGUCGACAGUAAUACGUUGACCCUUCAACAAUAGACGCAAACUAAGAAAUAUGAAGGUUCUUGCAAAAUACCUUUUAAUGUUUUAAUUAUAUAUUUAGUAUUAUCGAUUACAUACUUUGUAUAUUAACCUAGAAUACAAAUAACCUAACUAUUUUUUUAGAACGGACAAUUAGUUUCAAAGAACAAUUGUGAGGAAAAGAUAAAAUUAGGCAGGGUAUAAAGUUUUCUAACUUGAACGAAAUUCAGUGAAAAAAUGUUGAUAUUUUAAAAUCCAUAGUAGUGAUCAUGGCUUGAUAAGAUUGUUUUAAGAUAACUGAAACGUAUCUGUUAAACUACCGAAUAUACUACUAUCUUUCUUAAUAUUACCUCGUUUUAAACUAUUUGAAGAUUUAAAUUUGUAAAUAAAAUAUGUUAGUUCGUUUUUACAGAUCAGCUCUGAUAACCUUUAAUACUUUAGAAAAAGAAUAAACAGCAUACUAGUACGAUGUACUUUGUGAAAUCUUUUGCGUAUGAAAAGUUAGAAAUAAAAGUGAAAUUAGGUUUCUCAAUAUUUUCUAUGGACGCAUUGAAAAUAGAUUUAUAAAAAAAUUGAUCUUACUUUAGCAUUAAAUUCAUUAUCGAAGGGGUACGAAACUACAAACUUACAAUCUUCAAUAAUUUUUUGUGAGAUGUUCAGUUUUUUUAUAAUAUUAUUAUUUUUAUAAUAUUAACGGACGUCGAGGUGUUGGCACAAUCAGACCACGCAUCUGGCUCAGAUGAUACAUAGAUGACACAUUUAUCACUAUUAAAAAGACUUAGAAAUUUCUCCAAACACAUAAACAUACUCACAUAACACAUCAAAUUCACUUUCAAAAAAAGAUGAACGUAGCGAACUACCUUUCUUAGACUGUUUAGUUAAAAGCAGUUCCAAUGUUAGUGUAAAUCAAACCAUAUAUCGAAAACCGAAACAUUCAAAUCGGUAUAUUGAUUUGAACUUCGAGAUAGUUGGGAUUAAAUCUCUAUAUUUUUAGUUUAAACAUACUAUAUAGAAGUAUUUACAAUGGUUUGUAUUACAUCGUGUUGCUAAUAUUCAGAGCUAAAUGUUUUGACUGUUCUUUGUUAGUAUAUGCUCAUCUUCGGUAGAUAGGUCCAUUAAUCUUGUAGAUUUUAAGUUAUUAGCAGUUCAAUCCAGAAUAUAUGUUUCAUCCUAUUUAGGAUUCUUCAUACAGAUGUGCCUUGCCUACUUACGCCUGUAACUUCUCGUGGAGCAUUUUCCUCUGACCAGGAUUCUCCAAGGAACUCUGUCCUGGGCUCUCCUUCUUAACUUUUUCUAAGUGAUAUCCAUUUUUAAUGUCUACUUUCAAUUCUCGGAGCAAUGUGUUCUUUGAUCGGCCCCCCUUCCUUCAGGAUCUCAAGUGAGCGUUUGCCUCAUGAUGCAGCUUAAUAAUUUUCAUAAUGUUGCCCUACCCACCUCCAGCGUCUCCUGUACUUGUACAUGAUCGAAAUUCAGUCCUCUUCAGUGCGAUAAUUCCCAUUAUUACUGACUGUUAACUUGUAUGGAAGAUCAGAUAACGAACCGUUACAUUAUUGUAUAUCAUGUGGAAAUAGAUAAUUUGUUAAAAUUAUGACGAAAUUUAAAACCCUUAAUAUUUCAUUGCUAUUUCUAAUUGAUAAUCUAAUGAGACAAUUUCAGUUAUCACUAGUAUGUUAGGAAAACAAACUAACGAAAGCAGCUAUAAUUAUACAGAUUAUUAUCAUCGUGUGAUAGGAUCCAUUAAAUAAUCGGUUUUGGAUCUGGCAAGGGAAUAUUAUAUCAACAAUUGAUUUUAUCCAUUCAUCAGAUUAAGUAAUUUCCGUUAAACUUCUAUACUACUUUAGUCUGAAAAUAAUCACGAGGGAGAAUUUUGGCAAGUUUAUGAACCUUUUUUCAAAACCUGUGCAUUCAUUUAGUGUUUGGGAUGCAAGAAUCGGUCAACUAGUGUCAUUCCUAAUUAGUCUCUAUUAUUUUGUUAUGCGGUGAUUUGGCUUGAUAAUCUAUUGUCUAUUCAUUACUUUAAACUCUCUCGCCGAUUAACUCACAUUCAUUUAUUCUCUGUACUUAAUUAUUUAAAUUUUUCCGACUUGUCUAGAUGUGUUUUUUAAAGGUAAGUAAUUUUCACUUAAUGUAAUUAAUUAAAAUAAGAUCUUAUUGAAAUAUCUUCCGUUUAAUUAAGUAUGGUAAAAGUUAGUUUUUGAAUUCUCAGUUAAUAUCUAUUAAAUUAAUGAUAAACGUGGCUAUUUCUCUUUUGAUUUUUUGUAAGUCGGUAAAAUAAAGAGUAUGAUAUAAUUUCAAAACUUUUAAGGAAGCCAUACAGUUAAUGGUAAUAUUUUCAAGAGUGAACUAGAAAUCUCCAUAAAUUAAACCAUCGAGCUUAUGAGAUUCAGCUUUACUGAAUCCAUCUACCCAAGUUACAAAUUUCUCUCUACUAUUAAAUUGCCUUUAUCCAAAUGUUGAUCAUUUUACGGUUCUUUGUUACUGUUAAUGCGAUGUAAAUCUCUACCGAUUGUUUUAUAGGUUUUUAUUUUUAUUCUUUAUUAACCAUUCACUGUAUUAUUGGUAACUAAUUGUUAUUCAGUCUUCUUCAUAGCUUUAGUUCCUUAAAACAUUAUUAUUCAUUGAAAUGAGAGUUCACUUUUUCAACGAUUAUUUCACUAGGAUUCUAAAUCAUUCAUUCGACCCAUUUUAUCAAAUGAUCAUUCAAUCGUCACUCAAUCAAAUACUUUAUCAAUCAUACCGGUCUUAGAUUUUCCCAUUUUUGUUUCUGAAUCUCAUACUAUUCUCUGACUACUUGCAUCAAUUGCGUAUUUACGUAAAGUUUGGAAAUUAUUUUCUCUGUUAUGUUGAUACAGUUAAAUUACAUAGUAUAAAAGAAUUCGAACAGUGAAUUAAGAAUAAAAUGUAACAGUAGUAGUUAUAGCAUUGUUUGUUUCGGUCUGUAUAAACUAUUGACUCUAUAGUUCUGCAUAAACUCUACCUGUAUUUACGUACUGAAUGUGUUGAUUUCUGUAACUUUUCUAAAAAGAUAAAUAUAUUUCUUUCUACAUUAACUAAGUCGUUAUCACUGUUGUUUUAUUAAUUUAAAUUAUAUCAGUUGAUUAUGUGCAAAUUCUUCAAUAUUUACGUGAAUGUAAUCUUUGCAGAAAAAUGUUUUUGUGCUGCUGCAGCAGUCCAUGAAAAAAAAUCCAAACAUAUUUAUUGCUUUACUAUUAUUCUCUCAUUUCAAUAUUGAUCCAAUCAAACACUACCGUUUACACUAGUACAGAUAUUAUUCAUUUAUAUGAUGAGCAACAAUGUUAAUUGAUGACGGCUCAAAUGACAUACUCAAUUGGGCUUUUUCCAAUCGCGUAUAAUGUGAAAUCACAUUAUAAGAGGUGUGAUUAUAUUAGAUAUAUCUGUUGGUUAUAGGUGGUUAAUUUUGUAUUGUAAAUAAUCAUUAUUGGCAAAUUAAUGUCUGGUAAUACUCAGUUUAAUAUACACAAAAUUCACUGUUAAUCAAUGUAAAUCAUACGAAAUUGAUGUAUUCAGACAUUGGUUUUGAUUUAUUUUCGGUGUGAAAUAAAUCUUUAUCUAUUAUCUUCGCGUUAUUGUUUGUGUCAUGCGAUUCACGGGAUCAAGAUGUCAGCAUCAUUUAGCUACCGUCGCAACAAUUCGUGUAUUUUGUACGGUGGAAUAAAUUUUCUACAUCAGUUUUCGUGUUCUUAUUUGCAUCCUGUAAAUUUCACUGGUUUCUAAAACCAAGUAAUAUCUCAAGCUUAAUAUUGUUUUUAAUUUAACCGGAAUAUUUAAAAUAUAAAAUGAAAUAAAGAAAUUCCUUAAUCGGCAUUAAUCCUAAUUGUUUUCCAAAUUUCUCUCUUUUUCCUUGAACAAGACAAUUUCACUUGCACCGUGUAAAUAUACUCUUUUUUUGCAUAGCGAGACAUAAAGCAUGUCGGGUAUUUUAUUGAAUAAUUAACAAAUGAUGUCAUUUCAUAAGGAUAUUAGCGUUUUCUUUCCCUAUCAUGAUUAACGCGAACAUUACUCAAUGGAACGUAAAACAGUGUAGUGGUAGUAGAAGUGUAGUGAGCAGAACACCCGGGGGGACAAUCGAAUGUAUUUAGCACAGAAUUGCAGGACUUGUUAAUAAAAUCUAACAAUCAUAAAGUAAAUGCUUAAUUUGCAGAAUGUCCAUUGAUUGUCUCAAAAUGGCUCAGACUUGAUUGUUCUCGCAUUUUCAUACAAAUUGCACUCUGUUUCUAUUUUUUACUUCUCGAUCCUCUUGCUCUCUUCUGCCAGGCCUUCUGUUCACGAGUAACGUUAUAUACUACUUAUGUCAAUAUAAGUAGCACACCACAGUAGUAAUAGUAGUUUUUGCAAGAUCGCUUCGUAAGUGAGAAUGACUAUGAAUGAAUAGUUGAUAGUUGUCAAGAGGUAGUCUUCCAGCUGUCAUGCAUGCAUAUAUGUAUAUACCUGUUUAUAGCCUAGAAUCAGUGUUAGUGAUGCAGUUGAUUAUAACUGAUUGACUGACUUUUCUGAAUAAUUUCAUCGUUUGCAAAAAUGUCGCUAUACAUAAAUGAUGUCAUGUGUAGUCUCGUAAUUUGGAUAUGACUUUAUGUGAUUUUCUUUAAUCGACUAAUUUUUUUUUCUAUGUGGAAGGAAAUACGAUUAUAGAGUAAUAGUUCAUAAUUCGUACAACUAUGACUGACUAAUAUCACCUGGUCAUACUGUAAUUAGCAAAUAAAUGUUGAAAUGUCUACUGUCAUUUAGUCAUUUGUGUAGUCUUCGCACACUUUAAUUCAUGUUUUUUCACAAAUUCGACUUAUUUAUUCAUUUAUAUACAUAGGUGACGGAGAAGAAAUUCAAAAACCACCGAAAUUUGUCGAAGAAGAUCGAUUAUUAGAUGGAUGUUUUAAUUCAACUGAAUUCAAUGAAAUCUGUGCUCAACAACGUGAAAAAGUGAAUUUUGUACUUUGUUCUUUAUACAUAUCUGCAAAAAUUUAAAGAUAUUAAAGGGGGUAUCACCUCGUAUAUACGUUGAACAUACGUACGCAUGCAUUUUUUAAUGAAUAGCUUUCCGACUUCAGGAACUCAUUAUUUAACGCUUGACAAAUUUGUGUUUAGGCGGUAGCUACGCUGUUGCCGUUAUUGUCUAAAGCAUGUAUAAUUUCGGUGAACUAAGGAAAAUGUGAGUGCCGUACCUCGGUCUGCACACACGGGAUAGAUGGAUUGACAUUCAAAUAAUCAAUAGCACCCAGCUAAAUACAAAAAUGAAUUCGAAAUAAUCUAACAAUUGAGAAUAGAAAUUGAAUAUGUUAGUUAUUGAAUGCGUUACACGACAAGCAUUUGUUCAUUGUCAAUAUCGUUGGAAAAAUUUCUUCUGUAAAAACGUUUUCCUAUCAAAAUCAAAGCCUCAUUAGUUUUGAAUCUUGCUGUGAGUAAACUACCACUGUUUAGUUUGUGCACAAUGUCUUAUGUUAGAUUCAGAAUUAAAACCAAACAGCCAAUUUGUAAUCUGUAUUGAAUUUCAGAAAAUAUUUCUGUCAAAGAUCUUUAAUUUAUUAGCUUGUUAGAAUUAUUGCCGAAGAGGGAACCAACGAAAAUCAGGGAUGAUGAGGUGAUAUAUGUGAAUUACAAUUAUAUUGAGGGCAGAACUUGACGAUAUAUAUAUAACGUGAUAGUUGCGUUUUAUUGUAAACAGCCUAAAUUUGCUAAUCAGUAGCUAUAAUCUAAGAAGUUUAAAAAUAUUGUAUAUCCACUGAAUAAACCAUAGGUCAUGAGAUUGAUGUAUCCCGUGAGUAGAACGUGUUACUGUGAAAUCCAAAAACUAAACCAAAGAGAACACUUUCAGUGAUGUACAGUUUUAAAUAAUUAUUCAAUUGACGUCAGUCUGUCAAGAAAAUAACCAUUUUCGUUCAUCAUAAGUACAUUUUAGCGUUAAUAUAUAUGUCUUACCUGUUGUUGUUCACUAUAUUAGGCACAUUCAGUACGUGCACAUAUGGCUGAAGUAUUUGAUGAUAUAUCAUCUUGUGACUUCUAUCUACAUGAUAUGUCUCCACCUAUUGCGAAUGGUCCAAAAAAAAUACAAGGGCGUGAAAAUUUCAAUCCUUCAUCUGUCAGUGAUACAGUCAAUAAUAAAUUCAAUUCUGAGCAAUUCAAUGCCAAUAUUGGUUUACCUAUUGGCGCUGGUAAUCGCACUGGCGACUGUAGUGGUGGUAUAAAAUUAUCGAAGAAAUUAAAUAAAUCAAGUCAAGCUGUUUGGGAACGUGAAUUUGGAUCAUUGUUUUUUGUUUAAUUCAUCAAUCAUUCCCUUUUCUUUUUACAGAGGUUCUCACUUUUUUCGGUGUUGUUCCGUCUCCGUUAUGUCCUCAUUCUGUGUUCUUUCCUUUUCAUUUAUCAUAUUUUGUUUAGCACGAAUACGAAAUCAUUCUCUUUUUGCGUGUUUGCCACUUUUAUGUAUUUCCUUGUUCUUUGUAAAAUUGGAAAUAAUCUCAACAAUAUUCACUGACUAUUUUUUUGUUUAAAAAAGAAGUGUUUAUUACAUUGAAAUGGAAAAAGUGCAACAAAAUUUUCUUCUUCUUGGAAUCUGUUUCAACUUUGAAGUUAUGAUGCAUCUAUACACACAUGGCUGACUUCAUGUGUUGGUGUUUUUCACCCUUUGUAGUAAACAGUAAAAUCAUCAACAUUAUUAUUAUUGUUCCUAAAACUAAUAGUGAAUUAUUUUUGUUUGUUAUUUUAAACAAAAACACAACUGUGAUCUAUUCUCUUAUUUGUGUGUAUGUAUGUCUAUGCGAGUGUGCUUAUACUCUCAUGACUAUUUAGUUUAGUUACUUGUACAAAGGAGUUGAAUUUAAAUAAAAAUGAACAAUUAAAAUUACUCGUAGUAGUUUAUGAUUAUCCUACUUUUUCUUCUCAUAGUUGGCUAACUUUCGAUUUUUCGACCAUUUAAAACUGAGUAAAGCAAUAAUGACACAAAUUCAUUAUGUAUAUUUCCCAUUGAUAUCAUUAUAAGUGGCUUGUAAUUCGUUAUCCCAAAUAUACAUAUAUGGCGAGAGAGAGAGAGAGAGAGAUGCAUAUUAAAUCUAAAUCUAAUUAUGUACAGAUACAAACUGAGUCAUAUAUGAUGUGUGUAUUUGUUUAGAAGAGCAUAAUGAUUUUUCAUUAUUGUCAUCAUGACUAUUUAACUGUUUCACUCUUUCCAUUUCAAUAGAUUUUGUAACAUGUUAAUGAUAAUGAUGUGUGUAAUUGCUUAGACAAAUCAAUUAUUACAAUGUUGAUUGACAAUUAACAAUUUGUUUUAAAAUAUUCGUUCGAUUUAUUUAUUACUUUUAUAGAUAUUUUUUAUCUAUUUAUCUUUCAAAUAUUUAUUACUUUAUAGUGAAAUAAAAUAAGUAGUAUACUGUAAACUAGUUGGAUUUUACUAUAUUAUAUGAUUUAGUGGUAACAAUGUAAAUUUUCCAACUCGAGAUGGAUGCAUUCAAGUGUAUUGUGUUCUUUGCUGAACUGAAUAAAUUAUAAUUGCAAGGCUUUCACCAGGUUUAUUGUCAUGAAAUUCUUAGUUAAAAAUUAUAAUUACUGACUAACAAUAGAAACCAGAAUAGUUUUCUCCAAUUGAUGCUUGCUUAUCAUGACAUAAUUAAUAAGCAUUCCGUUAUUUAAUACCAUGUUUGAUUACAGUAAAUGAUUCUCAGCAUAACUAUACAGUAUUACAAUAGAUUUCGGUUUUGUUAUCCGUUUAAAGUGCUACUAUAGUAACUGUUUAAAAAAGACAAGUUUAUCAUCUGUGUUAUUAACUGUCAUUCUUCUUUAUCUACAAACAUUCUUUGAUCAGUAGUUCUCCAAGUUACAGCUCCGUACAAUAAAGGUGUUUUAACGUUCGUAUUGAAAAUUCUCACGUUGGUGUUUGUUGAUAGUUGUUUUGAGUUCCAUAUGUUGUUCAACUGUAGAACUGCUGCUCUUGCUUUGCCAAUCCUUACUUUUACGUCUGCAUCGGAUCCUCCUUGUUCAUCGGUGAUACUGCACAGAUACGUGGAAGUUACCACCUCUUUCAGAGUUUCUCCUUCAAGUGAGAUUGGGUUCGUGUUCUCCGUGUUCUAUUUAAGGAUUUUUUUCCUUUUUUCCCUUGUGCAUAUUAAAGUCUACUGAUGUGAAGAUGGCUGCAGUCCAGUUGUAUCCAAGCUUUCCGUUGUACUCCGUGCUUCCUCUCAGAAGUCGAGGUCUUCAUAAUCCAGUCAAUCGUGUGAAGAAAGUGGAAGGGGGAGAGUACAUAGCCUUAUCUGACACCGGUUCUCACUUGGAAUGCGUCUGUCAACUGUCCUCUAUACACAACUUUGUCGUGUAGUCCGUCUUACGAAUUCCGGAUGAUGUUGACGAUUUUGUCAGGUACACCAUAGUGUCGAAGAAAAUUUCAUAAGGUUCUUUUACCUAGGCUGUCAAAGGUUUUCUCAUAAUCAAGGGAGUUAACGUGUAUAAUGACGAGUUCCAUUCAGUUGAUUGUGUAACUAUGAUCCGUAGUGUCGCGACUUGGUCUGUGCACGACCGAUCCUAUCUGUCGAUCUCGCAGCUGGAUAUCUACUGAAUCUUUGGUCCUGUUCAGCAACACUUGGAAAUUUUUUCACGAGUCUAGUGAGUCAUAAUAACCAUAAAAUUCGUCGAUGUGUAUUGUUGUAUUCCAUUUUACCUUUGAUGUUAUACUCAGUGUUGAACUUAACCAGUCUUUGCUGAUAUAUGUGCUCUUUAAGCAGUAUAUCGUGCUAUUACUUGAAGGCUGUCUAAACAAUUAAAAAAUACAAACUUUUAAAACUAGUAAAAUACCCUUUUAUAUAAAAUAGUUUUCAGAUACUUGAGUAUAUUUCUGUCAAAUCCGCCAUCAUGUAUUUCAGAAAAUGUUUUCCUAUUGAUUAAGGAUUUUUUAAUAACAAAUCUGUUCUAGUUAUACUUGAAGGACAAAUCAUCUGUAUGUUAGUAAUUUGUUUU